UCCAUAAACAUCAAAAAGUUGGCACCUUUACCGCCCCCGAACCGCCUGCCGGGGCCUCCAUUCUGGCGAUUCCAAGCUGGGAUUUUUAUGGUCUCCUGGCGCUCCUCGGCCGGCUUCCCCUCUCCCGACCAUUUUGCGCUUCAAUUUCUCAUCCUUGGAGUUGUUUUCCUGAGUUUUUUGGGCUAAAGAUUUCAUCUUGUAAUGGUGGUUUCUGAGUGAUUCUUUGACUUUGUGGAGGUUCUUAAUGGGCUGCAUUUGCUCCAAGGGGGCGAAACCGACGGAAGAGGUCGAGGUUCAGCAUGAGAAGGAGCCGAGCAAGUCGCCGAAACUGUUGUUCACUUCCUCAAGGAGACAGAAUAUAGGUUUUGUGGAAGUUGAUGGCAUUGGUGGUAAUGAUUUGAGGUUUGUGUCCAAAUCUCAGGAGGCCGUGGUUGUUCCGGUGUCGGUGGCGUCUGUUGAUAGGAUUAUAAUAGGAGGUCAUCAAAGAAGAGCUACUGUGGAUGUUGGCGUUCAUGGUACUGUUUCUAAGGGUGUUGCUUUAGGAGAUGAGGAUGAGCCUCAAAUGGGGAUUGUGGAUGUGCCUGAUGGGUUCAAGGGGGAGCAUGUAGCCGCCGGAUGGCCAUCUUGGUUGACUGUUGUUGCCGCAGAAGCAGUAAAAGGAUGGUUGCCACGCAAAGCAGAAUCAUUUGAGAAGUUAGACAAGAUUGGACAAGGCACUUAUAGUAAUGUGUACAAAGCCCGUGAUCUUGAAACUGGCAAAAUCGUGGCACUGAAGAAAGUGAGAUUUGUUAAUAUGGAUCCCGAGAGUGUGCGGUUCAUGGCAAGAGAGAUUCAUAUUUUGCGCAGGCUUGAUCACCCGAAUGUAUUAAAGCUUGAGGGUCUAGUUACCUCACGAAUGUCUUGCAGCUUGUAUUUGGUAUUCGAGUAUAUGGAGCAUGAUCUUGCCGGCCUUGCGGCAACACCUGGUAUCAAGUUCUCCGAGCCACAGGUUAAAUGUUAUAUGAAACAACUGCUUUGUGGGCUUGAUCAUUGCCACAGUCGUGGGGUUCUACAUCGGGAUAUCAAGGGAUCGAAUCUUCUGGUCAAUGAUAAUGGAAUUCUUAGAAUAGGAGACUUUGGUCUUGCAACAAUUUUUAAUCCUGAUCAAAGUCAGCAAUUGACGAGUCGUGUUGUAACUCUAUGGUAUCGUCCACCAGAACUUUUACUCGGUGCCACUGAAUAUAGUGUUGGUGUCGAUCUGUGGAGUGCUGGAUGUAUUCUUGCUGAGUUGCUUGCUGGGAAACCAAUCAUGCCAGGACGAACUGAGGUAGAGCAAAUGCACAAGAUUUUUAAGCUUUGUGGCUCACCGUCUGAAGACUUCUGGACCCAUUCAAAAUUACCACAUGCCACCAUUUUUAAGCCACAACACCCUUACCAGCGUUGUGUCCGGGAAACGUAUAGGGAUUUCCCUUCUUCGGCUUUAGAUCUUUUGGAUACCCUUCUUGCAAUAGAACCUGCUGAUCGAGGAACGGCAUCUGCUGCACUUAACAGCAGUUUCUUCACCACAAAUCCUCUUGCUUGUGACCCUUCGAGUUUGCCUAAAUAUCCGCCAAGUAAGGAGCUUGAUGCUAAGCUUCGGGACGAGGAAGCCAGAAGACAAAGAGCGGCUCUGAAAGCACAUGGUGGAUCAGUGAGAGGAUCAAGAGAGCCUAAUGGAUAUCCGGUAGCUGGUACUCUUGCAGAAUCACAUAAUCAACAUGCACGAGAGGAUGUUGCAGCAGGAUAUAUAACAGACAAUGGUGUAGCAAGUGUAGUUUGGAAUCAUAAAACAGUUCCGGGUCGUUCAUCAACGACGUUGAGGCGAUCAAGUGGCCCGCAAUUAAAGACACAGGGAUCAUACAAGUCUCAAAAAGGCAAUGCUGGCUUUGCGAACUUUCCAGGUCUAGGGACAGGAAGCAACAUUGUGAAAUCAGAUAAUUUCAGGGAACCGACUAAGCAUCAACAUUGGCCAGAGCAUCGACCAAGCAAUCGAUACAAUCAGCUUGAUGUGGCUGAUGCAUCUAAUCAUGUGCUUGAUAGACCUUCCUCCACUCAUAAUAAAGAUUUAGGAGUCAAGGACACUACAAUAAUGGGUUAUGGGACUAAGAAAAGUCGAAUUCAUUACUCUGGACCGCUAAUGCCACCGGGCGGGAACAUUGACGACAUGCUCAAAGAGCACGAAAGACAAAUCCAACAGGCAGUACGCAAAGCACGCUUAGACAAAGACAAGACCAAAAAACACUUUGGUUAUCUCUCCAAGGAGAACAUGGAGGACAAGGUGGUUCUCAUCACUGGUGCUUCUUCUGCCAUUGGAGAGCAAAUUGCAUAUGAAUAUGCUAAAAAAAAGGCGAAUUUAGUAUUGGUUGCUCGAAGAGAUCAUCGUCUUCGAGGGAUAAGAGAGAAUGCACGAUUGUUAGGUGCCAAAACUGUACUUAUAAUGGCAGCUGAUGUUGUCAAGGAGGAUGAAUGCCGGAGAUUUGUCGGUGAUACCAUCUCGUAUUUUGGCCACUUGGAUCAUCUAGUGAACACCGCAAGCUUGGGGCAUACCUUUUAUUUCGAUGAAGCUCACGACACUAGUGUAUUUCCUCACUUGAUGGAUAUUAAUUUCUGGGGCAAUGUAUAUCCGACAUGCGUCUCACUUCCGUAUUUGAAACAAAGCCAGGGACGGAUUGUUGUCAAUGCGUCGGUGGAGAGCUGGAUGCCAAUGCCAAAGAUGAGCCUCUAUGCUGCAGCGAAGGCGGCUGUGAUUAGUUUCUAUGAGUCAUUGAGGUUUGAAGUGAAAGACGAGGUUGGAAUUACUAUUGCAACUCAUGGGUGGAUCGGCAGUGAGAUGAGCACAGGCCGGUUUAUGCUAGAGGAGGGCUCGGAAAUGCAAUGGAAGGAAGAGAGAGAGAUGUUCUCAGCUGGACAUUUCGCCUUCUCUUUGCGAACCAUGGAACAAGGAAGCUCUCGCACAGCGGAACAAGGCAGCCACUCCUUGAAGGCCCUCCUCCCCGGAAACUGCUCACAGCACCUCCAACUGCAGUUCAAUAUCAGCAAUGGGGAUAAAUGCAUGACUAUCAGAAAUGAGAGUAGUAAUAGAAUUAUGGUCAUGAGCAUUUCAUCAUCCUCCUCAAGGAACCUCUUGAGAAUUCAUUCAUGGCUGCCAAAUCCCUCACAAGCAUUUCAACAAACAACUUCAGUCCCUUCCCUCAUUGAUGCCAUUGCCAACCUCUCCGCCUCCAACCAACUCUCCAACGCCUUCACUGCCUUCUCUCUUCUCCAAGUCCACUCCCCUUCCUCCUUCCUCCUCCUCCGCCCCAUCUCCUCCCUCCUUUCAUGCUCCACCACGCUUAAAUCCCUCCCCCAUGGCCUCCAACUCCAUGCACAAUCCAUUACUCUUGGUUUCCUCACCAACCAUCUCAUUGCACCCCGGCUUAUCUCCUUCUACACCUCCCUUGGCCUCCUCUCUGAUGCCCGUUCGCUUGUUGUUGAUUCAUUGGAUGCCUUUCCGUGGAACGUGCUCAUCUCCAGCUACGCAAAGAAUGGGUUUUUCUUGCAGGCUGUUGAUGCUUAUAGAGAUUUGGUUGGGAGAGGCGUGGAGCCAGAUAGCUUCACUUAUACUAAGAUGCUCAGUGUCUGCGGUGAGGUUGUUGAUUUGGAGCUUGGGAAGGAGGUGCAUGCUCGGGUAAUGGUAGGUGGUGCUGGUUGGGAUUUGUUUGUGAUGAAUGCUUUGGUGGGAAUGUAUGGAAAAUGCGGGUCACUUGAUGUUGCGCGGAAGUUGUUUGAUGAAAUGCCUGAGAGAGAUGUGGUUUCUUGGAGUAGUAUGAUAUCCGGUUAUGCAUUCAAGGAGAUGUGGAAGGAAGCAUUUCAGGUGUUUGAUUGGAUGCGUGCAGAGCGUGUGGAGGUGAACUCUGUGACUUGGAACACAAUUGCCUCGGGAUAUUUGCAGGUUGGUAAGCAUGAAGAAGCAUUGAGGCUGAUAUCUCAGAUGAUUUGGAAUGGCUCUGGUGUGGAUUUUGUGACAAUGGUUAUCGGUCUCAAUGCCUGUUCAAGGUUUGGUUCUCUUAAAUCGGGGAAGGAGAUUCAUGGAUUGGCUGUGCGAAUGUGUUCUGAUGAAAUGGAAACUGUGAUGAAUGCUUUGAUUACAAUGUACUCGAGGUGUAAGAGUAUAAAUUAUGCUCGCAUUGUGUUUGGAAGAGCUAUGAAUCGGAAUUUGGUUACUUGGAAUUCGAUGAUUGCGGGCUUUGCACUUGAAGAUCAAGUGGAGGAAACUUCUCUGGCAUUCCAAGACAUGGUCUUAUCUGGUCUUCAACCAAACUAUGUGACAGUUGUAACGGUACUCUCACUUUGUGCCCGAGUGGUGAACCUUCAGCAUGGUUGUGAACUGCAUUGUCACAUUAUCAAGCAUGGAUACAAAGGCUACCGUCUGCUCUGGAAUGCUCUUGUAGACAUGUACUCCAAGUCGGGGAGGAUAUUGAUCGCCAGAAGAGUUUUUGACACAAUGAGUGAUCGUGAUGGAAUAUCCUACACUUCACUGAUGGCAGGUUAUGGGAUGCAAGGGGAUGGACAUUCAGCAGUGAAACUCUUUGAAGAGAUGAUUGAGUAUGGUAUUAAGCCAGACCAUGUAAGCAUGGUGGCGAUUCUCUCGGCUUGUAGCCACUCUGGGCUUGUCUCUGAAGGUGAGAUGCUAUUCGACAAGAUGAUUAACUUGUAUAAAAUUGCUCCUCGUAUGGAGCACUUCUCUUGUAUGGUGGAUUUAUAUGCUCGAGCAGGAUUGCUAUCAAAGGCUGAAGAGAUGCUGAAUAGAACACCAAUCCCUCCAACAGCAGCGAUGUGGGCAGCUCUUGUUGGCGCAUGUCAGGUUCAUGGUGACACAGAGAUCAGUGAGCGGGCAGCUCGCAAGCUUUUGGAUAUGAAUACGGACAACGCAGGAAAAUAUGUACUGAUUGCCAACAUGUAUGCUGCUGCUGGGUGCUGGGGAGAGCUUGCAAAAGUGAGAACACUGAUGAGAGAUUUGGGUGUGAGGAAGGCGCCUGGGUGUGCUUGGGUAGACUUGGGGACUGGAUUCCAUCCAUUCCUGGUCGGGGACCGAUCGAGCCCGCUUUCACCUGAGAUUUAUGAUGUCUUGGAUGCAUUAUUUGAACAAAUGAGAGACACUGGGAAUAUUGAUGCUGAAAUGCUAGCGUUUGAUGAGCAAGUGGAAGCAUGAAAUCUGAGUUUCAGAAUCCAAGUGUUCCAGUGCCAUGGUUUCUAUAGCUGAUGAUACAACUUGAGUUCCAAGUGAGUUGCUGACUGAAUUUUCAGUGAACUGAUGAUACAAUUGAAUUUCAGGAAUGCAGUGAAUGUUGCUAGGAAUGUUAGCCAUGAAAUGCUAGUGUUUGAUGAGAGCAAAUGGAAGUAUGAAUUCUGUGUUUAAGAAUUCUAGUGUUCCAAUGCCUUUGUUUCUGUAGCUGA